AGCGAUACACCAUCUCUUCAUUACAACCCCAUCCUCCUAACCUCCCCACUUCCCGCCCAACAUGUCCGGAGUUGGCAACACCGUCGUGACGCUGCCCAACGGCGUCAAGAUGCCGCAGAUCGGCCUCGGCGUGUGGCAGUCCGCCGCCGGUGAAGCCACAGAGAACGCCGUGAAGUGGGCCGUGCAGGCCGGCUACCGCCACAUCGACACCGCACCCCUCUACGAGAACGAGGAGAGCGUCGGUGUGGGCAUCCGCGACUGCGGCGUGCCGCGCGAGCAGAUCUUCGUCACAUCCAAGUUGUGGAACGCGGACCACGGCUACGAGAACACCCUCGCCGCCUUCGAGAAGAGCCGCAAGGAGCUCGGCCUUGACUACAUCGACCUCUACCUCAUCCACUGGCCGCGCGGCAACGCUAUCGUGGCCAAGGAGGGCAAGAAGUACCUGGACUCGUGGCGCGCCUUCGAGAAGCUGUACGAGGAGAAGAAGGUGCGUGCGAUCGGCGUGUCGAACUUCAACAUCCACCACCUCGAGGACGUGCUGGCGAUGUGCAAGGUGGCGCCGAUGGUGAACCAGGUCGAGCUGCACCCGCUGAACAACCAGGCGGAGCUGCGGAAGUACUGUGCCUCGAAGAACAUCUACGUGGAGGCGUGGUCGCCGCUGGGCCAGGGCAACCUGCUCGCCGAUCCGCAGCUCACGAGCAUCGCCGCGAAGCACCACAAGAGCGCUGCGCAGGUGAUCCUGCGCUGGGACAUUCAGCACAACAUCAUCACGAUCCCCAAGUCUGUGCACAAGGAGCGCAUCGUCGAGAACGCCCAGGUCUUCGACUUUGAGCUGAGUGCGGAGGAGAUGGCGACGAUCGACGCGAUGAACACGAACCACCGCUACGGCCCCAGCCCCGACGACGCCGACUUCUAA